GGUCAGCGGCUCCUGCUCCCUCUGCGAGGCCGCCCUCGCCCCGCUGCCCACGGAGCCCCACGCACGGCCGCACCAUGGCGAGGCGGCCCCGCGCCGCGGCAUGGCGGAGGGUGCCGGCCCUGCUUCGGGGCCCGUAGGCGUGCCCUUCCGGGCCAUGGGCCGCGAGAGCCGGGCGCCGGGCGCCGGCAAGGAGCCGUGCCCGCAGGGGCGAGCGGGGGCGGCCGUCGGGGGCCUGCUGCUGCUGGCGCUGAGCGGCCCUCGGGAGCCCAAGCGGCGGCCGGCGGCCAGCGGCGCCGCGGAGAGCGACGGAGGCGCCAAGCGGGCCCGGGCGGCUCCGGAGGCGGGCCCGCAGCGCGUCCCGCUCGGCCGGCUGGCGCUGGAUUACGUGGUGCCGUGCAUGGGCUUGUACGGCAUCUGCGUGAAGGACGCCUUCCUGGGCGAGGCGCUGGCGGGCCGCGUGCUGGCCGAGGUGGCGGGCCUGGACCGCAGCGGCAAGUUCCGCGACGGGCAGCUGGUGAGCCCGAGGGCGGUGCCGCCGCGCAGCAUCCGCGGGGACCAGGUCGCCUGGGUGGAGGGCCGGGAGCCCGGCUGCCGCGCCAUCGGCGCCCUCGUGGGCCGCCUCGACGAGCUCAUGCGGCGCUGCGCCGGGAGGCUGGGCGGCUACGACAUCACCGGCCGCACCAAGGCCAUGGUGGCAUGUUACCCCGGCAGCGGCAGCGGCUAUGUGCGGCACGUGGACAACCCCCAUGGGGACGGGCGCUGUGUCACCUGCAUUUAUUACCUUAACCGGCAGUGGGAUAGCCAGGUUCAUGGGGGGAUCCUGCAGAUCUAUCCCGAAGGGCGGCCGGUUGUUGCAAACAUCGAGCCCAUAUUUGACCGGCUGCUCCUCUUCUGGUCGGACAGGCGCAACCCACAUGAAGUGAAGCCAUCCUACGCCACCCGGUACGCCAUCACAGUUUGGUAUUUUGAUGGCAAAGAGCGGGCAGAAGCCAAAGGGAAGCACCAGAUGGCUGGUGAGCAGCCAGAGCAGCCGGGUCUGGGCGUAAGGGCUUCCUCGUUGCAGGAGGGGACUUCCGGCCGGGUUGCAGCCGUGGCGUCCCUCUGCACUUCCCAUUGUUAUCCCUGAGUUGGGCAUGAGACGGGUGCUUUGGUUGGCUGAUCAGACUGAUUUAAAGCAUCUGCUCCGCUGGACGACCUGCCUCCCGCCACGCAAGCUAAUGGCCCCACCUGACAGAAAGCUGGACACUGCCGCGGAAACCUGGCAGCCGAAGGUGCUUUGCUCUCUUUGGCCAUUUUCAGCUGCGUGUUGCUGCCGCUGCCUGCAUCUGCCGCCCCUAACCCUGGCCAGGUGCAGCAGGAGGGGCCUCCGCCAGGGCCCGAGACGAGAAGGGGGCCCUCUGGGGCGACUGGGCCUGGAGGAGGGGGAGCGCCUGUGUGUGUGGUGUGGGCCCCGCUGUCCGGCCCGUUUGCUUCCUUGUUUCAGUGGGGGAGGCUUCCUGCUCAAGGCCUCCAGUGGCGGGGGCCUUUCUGUCCACCCCCGAGCUGCCGUGCCUGCGUCUCCUGCCCGCUUAAUCCAUCAGCCAGUCAAGAAAGAGCAGGGAAGCCCGAGAGACGACGAAGGAACUAUUGAAGGGGCUUGCAGAUGGGAUGGAAUAAACAUCACCUC